ACAAAAUGAAUUCUAUAGUUGAUAUUGACGAAAUACUCUCGGAAAAUGAACAGUGGAGAAAGUUGGAAGAAGAGUGGGGUAUACCUGUCGAUUUGGAGGGAGACGCUGAUGAUGAUCAACCUGUAUUACAUCGCGUGUUCAGCACAAUAGACCUGAAGACAACGUUCGAUUCCUCCUUCCUAUUCAAGAAGGUGAGACGCAACCUUGGCCGGCAAUUGUCCAAGAAAUCAGCAUCAUCAGCCCUCGAAUACAGGGACUUCAUAAGCAACUUACAAAACGAUCCGAUGCGAGAAUCAUCGCAGCAAUUUUACUGCGUCAACGGUCAAAUUGUCUCCGCGGUGUCUGUGGACGAAAUAUGCAAGAAAAUUGACGAUAUCUUUAAGUCUAUAGAGAAGCUCUCAUCCUGCAGUACAGUGAGGAAAAAAGUGAAGACCCUCCCAGAAAUAGUGCAGUGCAGCAUAUCGGCUACCGAUUUAUCGUUUGACGAUACGGAAUACGAGUACAACAGUGAAAUAGAUAGACACAUGGAGGAGGCAUUCCAAGAGCUGAGUUCGACGAUAAACAGUAUAGAUCGUGUGGACAUGUCUACUCUAGAAUCGGUUACGACGUUGGUGAGGAAGUUCAGCAGUAUCCUCAACCAUCCCAAUAUGAAGUGCAACCCUCGUCAUCAGAGGCAGUGCAGUGAAAAGUUCAAAGAUCUGGCUGAAUUUUGGAAAAGUCGCGCAUUUGCGAACGAGGCGUCUAAUAAGAAUUGUAAUGAACCGAAUCGGUGA